CUUUCUUCACUUGUUGGGCCGAUCGAGUAUGGAAAGUCGACAACAAUGGCUUACCAGGCUGAAAGAUGAACUUAGCAACAGUCCGCUGGUGUCCAACGUGGCGUUCGGCUUCAUCCUGAUGGGACUGGAGAAGCUGGUGGAGCUGGAGUUCGAGUGCCCUUGCAACCCGAAGUGGAACGGCGUCUUCUCCUCCGCCUUCUUCGUCAUCCCGGCCGUCAUGGCCUUCACCCUGAUGCUCAUCAUCCAGGGCUGCAGGUGGCACACGUGGUGCAGGAGAAGCGUGUCCCUUUCCAGCUUCGUGCCGGCAGUCGUGUGGCUCAUUUUGCUCUUCCUGGACGGCCAGUACUUCGCCUGCGCUAUGACGGACUGGGAGGGCAGGUUCGUGCUGGUGGACAGGGCGGCUCCGCAGAAGUGGUGCGAGCCAAUAAGUGACCGAGGUGUCCCCCAGCAGGAACUCAUGCUGCGCUCUCAGCAGCUCUUCGUCUUCUCUCAGGUUCUAGGCAUCGUGCUGCUCAUUGUCAUCUGCGUGGGUCUCGUCGUGUACGUGACCCGAGAAAGCUGCCGGCAGGAAGUGGACGAGCUGCAGGACGCCGACGUCGCCGAGCUCACCGUCGUCAGGAUGAGCUCGGUACGCACCCGGACGUCCUGAAACUAUCUGUCCCGCACAAACUGACUCAAGGACCCCGAAUGGUUUGUCAAGCUGUGGACACAUUUAACGUGAAGCAGUACCGUAUCAGGCGGCCUUUUUUCCCCCUGCUUUGUUUCUGUCUCACAGUUCUGUAUGAACGGACACGGAAGACAGAAAUGCAUA